GUCCAGCCCGGCUUCCGCAGCUGUGUGGCGCGCGAGUGGGGGCGCGCGUGCGCGAGCAAGCGGGAAACUAUGUUUUUGCCUUUGCGGUGGAUGCGCGAAUUUCCCCGCCACUUGCUGGUGUGCGAGAAGAGCCACGUGCAGCACGAGCGAUCUCGGCAUGUGGCGCACGUGCGGGAGCACGCUUUCAACUGCCGGGUGUCCUUUUUGAUACCUGAUUGUGGAAUAGUUCCACAAGCCCUAAAAAAUGUGGUUGCUGAUUUUGGGGAAUAUUACCUUGUAAAGAAUUUAUUUCUUCAUGAGCUAGUAGCCCAAGAAUUCAUUAACACAUUUGUGAAAAAAGGUUCAUGUUAUGCUCUUACAUACAAUACAAGAAUUGACCAAGACAAUACUGCUGCUUUGCUACCAACAGGCAAAUUGAUUUUAUCGGUAGACAAAGAUACUUAUGAAGAGCUUGGACUGCAAGGCAAUUCUUCUUUGUAUUCUGGUAAAAAGCCAAUGAGAUACAUAAUUAAAGUUGACUUGAUGGAUACAGCUUUCACUCCAGAAAAUAAAAAAUAUAAGAGAAUAAUUUGGGCCCUGAAGGAAAAAAAGCCACUUGAAUUUGAUUUCUUACUAAUUUGGCAACCUACAGGAUCAGAAGAAGCAAGUUUGAUGUCCUAUUUUUCUAAAAAGGAGAUACAGGCUCAUCGGCCAAAAGUAACUUUUAGCACAUUAAGAAAUGUGCAGUGUCCAAUUCUAAAUAGUGAUAAAUUGCAUGGUGAGCCAGAUGCGUCAUGCAGCACACAAGAAUUCUUUGAGUGGCUUGGGGCCAUUUUUACUCAUGCUGGCUUAGAAAACACAUCAUCUAAUUUUUUAUCAACCUAUGUAUGUCCUCAGCCAAGCACAUUGAUAGAACAAGUUUUGAUGUGUACAAUAACUGGCUUUAUACCAUCAGAAAAAAUCAUUCAUUUAUUGGAACAAAUAUGUUGCUACUUUGAAGACCCAAAGCUGGCUCACUGGGUAUCACUGAUUGUACAUGGUUUUGCUGACAGCCCUGUUUCCUGGAAGGAAAAUGAACAUGGCUUUCUAAAAGGAGGAGAGAAUUUGUACAACUUCAUAAUUUUUAGGAAUCUAAGCUACUGGCUUCAAAGGGCAGUAGGAACAUAUGACACGUGUCCAUAAAUAAUUGUCUUGAGUACCAUUCUAGGUAGUAACUGUAAAUAAACUUUUUAACGAAAAUAUUUAUUCUUUAGAAGGGUGUGGGACAUUUAUUAGUUUCUUGACUUAAAAAGUGACUAAAACAGAGGGAAGUAAUGUUGAUCUUGAAGGCUGAGUAUAAAUAAGAAUUAUGAGGAUUAUACUUUUAACCAGUUUAGUUAUGUAUGAAUUCACAAGUUUCAAGCAUUGCGCAUUUUUCAAAAUAAGACAAUAAAUUAUUCUUGCCAGAACUUAUAGCUACAUCUCUUAACCCAAAAGUGGAAUAAAAAUAAUAAAAGUUUUACUGUUUUGAAGAACCAAAGGAAAUUCCUAUUUUACCUU